AUGCAGAAAAUGAUGGAAGAAAAGUUACAUCAGGCUAAGGAGGAGAUGGAAACCAAAGCUCAGAAAGCUCAAGAGAUUUCUGAAAAGGAAACUGUUAAAAUCAAGGAAUUAGAAGAAUUGAACAUAAAGCUUCAAGAACAGAUAGAAGUGGAAAAGAAAAAGGCAGGAAAAGUGGUAGAAAAUAAAGUGGAAAAACCAAAAACGCCACCACCCUCAAAUGAUGCUGUUCUUAAAACUGAGAUCUCAAGAUUGAAAAAAGAAAUUGAACGAAUCCAUAAAACUUGGGAGAAGAAAUUUGCUAUUUUACAACAGAGUUUGCAUGCUUUAAAAGAUGAGAGUUAUCUACGACAAACUUUACAACGUCAAGCUGCAAAUCUUCACCAAGCUGCUGUCAGUUAUGCUGUUGACAGUCCAGCUGGAAUAGUGCCUGCUAAAAUACCUUCAGCUAACCCUAAAAAACCUUUGCCUGAUAUAGGUAAACAUGUGAAAGGUUAUGGUGGUAGUCAUGGUGAUAAGAAUGUUGAUAAAGAUUGUUUAUCUUAUACAGUUUCAGCACCUAGUGGACGUGGAACAACUAUUCUUUCUGUUGAUGAAAAUCAGGUAAUGUCUGAUGACAAUGAUCAAGAUUUUCCUGUGGAUGUUAAGCUGUUACCUCAACCCCCUAUCAGAAAUCAAAGUGAAAGUGAAGUGUUAGAAGAUGGUCGACCAACCUCAGUAUCUCAUGUUGUAGUUUUACCAUCUGCACAGUUAUAAGUGAAACUUUCAGGAUAGCUUAGGAAUUACAGGCACUGUGAAAAAGAACUUUUCCCAUUUUACAAAAAUCUACAAGGUUUUUGUUUACAUUGUAACAUCAUCAUAAAAUUCAUUUGCUAAAAAUAGUCUAAUUUUCAACAUUUAAACAUAAGGUCACAAUUUAAACUAAAAAAAUACUAUAUUUAUUUGAAAGCUACUGGUUUCACAAUUGUAUCAAUAGUCCCAUAAUUCAAAUUUUAUCAGAUAUUUUUGGAAUACCAGUCUUGAUAACAAUGUAAACAUGGGAACCUGCUACUAUUUUUUGUACUUUAUUUACUGUUUUUAUCGACACAAUGUUAUGAUAAGACUAUGGUUAUUUGUUUUGAAACUGAUAUCUAACUUGACUUGACAAGUAGUUCUUGAAAAACUCUUAAAAAUAUUAAGGGUUUUUCAAUACUUACUUGUAGUUUAUGCAUGAUCACUUGUAGUUUUAUGGAAUUAUCAGAUUAUUGAGGAAUUAUGUCCACUGAUGAACAAAGACUCAUUUUGGCAAAGUUUAAAAGAAUUUUUCGGUCAUCCAAAUAUGGAAAUUUAUAAAAGGUGGUGUUUAUUAUUUUAUUUCUGUGUUACUUUAGAGAAUUAUUUUAUCUUGAUGCCUGAGAUAGAUCAUUUAGCCAUCCAUCAGAAUUACCAUUAUUUUAUUUGCAAAGAGUCUGUAACCAAAAGUUGUGAUUUUACAGCAUUAUUAACUUAUACUGUGAUAUUUAUGAAAAAUAUAUUAAUUUUUGAUUU